AUGGACUUUACACUCAAUCGUAUGAGUUCUACCCAACAAACCUUGUACCCUACGUCUACGAUGCAAAACCACUCGUCUCCAUAUGUGUAUGUCUGGCAUGCCCUUACCACUCUCCUUCGUUGUAUUAACGAUACCAUCAGUCCAGUCGCCAUCUCCAAAAAAGACAGCACAGAUAAAACAUGGUCUAUAAUAAUCUGGGUCCUACUGUUGGCAUGGGGCGUGUUUGUGGUCCUGACAUAUAUCCGCUAUACAGACCUAGUGUUCAACAAAUUGCGCACCAACUAUUUCAGCUGGAGAGCCGGUAGACAUUGUGCGAAGAAUGGGGAGCAGGUUGGGGAGCAGAGUCCUUUGGUGAAAAGAGUGAAGAAGAAAGUCAGAUUUGCGGAUGAGACGACUAUUGUUCCGCCAGCCAGAGAUCCUAUCCCAACAUGA